CAAGUAUCAUAAUAGUGUCACAGGAUUCUUUGGGUGUCACUUUACAAGCCAGAAACCUCUGUGGCUGGUGGUGCCUCUGCUUGAGUUCUCUUCGCACCUGCUGGACUUGUUCUGUUCACUUGGUCUGGCAGGCUGCACUCAGCUUGCACUACUGGCCCAGAUCCCACUACUGCCAAGAGCGAGCCAGGAACAUGGUGGCAAGGGGUUUAUGAAUGAGCAAGCGUGGGGUCCAGCCACUGUGCACCACCGGGCACACUGGCUGCUGUGGCAGGACAGGCAGCUCCAGGUACUGGCACAGUGCCAGCUCUGUGUGAGGCUGCAACUGGACAGACAUACUACAAGCAGCUUCCACUGCAGGCACCAGUGUCUGGAUGAUGGGAAUGUGGUAGUGUGCAAAAGCUUAGAGACGCCAGGAACCGUGGAGCCCCAAAGAGGGUGUUACCACUGCUCACAGCUCUUGCUUGGGGAGCCCUGAGGUCUCGGCUCCCAGAAGGGCCGCAGCUUUUCUCUUCCUCUCGUCACCUGCAGCGUGGCAAGUGGUGGGGUGUGUUUCAGCCUGUUUGUGUCACAGCUCUUUCAGUCCCUCUGCCCUGCUCCAGCCCAUGGCUCCUGGGCUAGCCUAACUCCACCACUGUUUCCAGUUGCAUGGUGUGGCCACCCAGCACUGGCAGAGGCUGGGAGAGCUAUAGCAUUACAGCCCCUUCCUUUAGCUCCCACCUGCAGCUUGGUAAGCCCACCAGGAAAGUGUUACAGCUUAUUUUGCUUCUGCCGUUUGGUGGGUUCUGAGUUCUUUAGUCCCACAUCUAGGAAGAAUGAAGUUAUACUGACAAUGGGAGGGAGAGCAAGGCAGAGAAGAGCUUUAUUGGAUGACCAAACAGCUCUGAGUGGAGAGGAGACCUGAAGUGGGCAGCUCCUAUCCAUAGGCAGAUAGUGCAGAUGAGUGUCUGAAUCUGGCUGAGUCCAGGGUUUUUAUGGGCUUAAAGUGGAGGAAGUGUGUACUGAUUGGUCCAUGGGCAGGUCCAGAAAAAUACCACUCAAUUGGCCAAAGACAUCAAGGAAGUUCUCACUCCCCUGCCACCACUUCACCCAGAACCUGCAGCCCUGACCCCCAGGCUUUAGGCUUGAAGGUGGGGUUUCACUGGAGACCCUUCCUGCCUAGGGAUACCUCCUAUCACCAUCAACAUGCCAUCUGUAGUACCCAGGCUAUCCAUCUGGAGGGGUAGCUGCAGACCCAUGCUGAGCCACCCUCAGCCCUUUGGCCUCCCUUCUGUGCUCAUUGGUGUCCUAAGUUUCACCCUCAGAAUCAGCUUUCAGAGGGGGGCCAAGGCAGCCAGGGUCUGGCAUGUCAGUGCUGCCCAGUGUAUGCAUACCUGUCUUGAUUGCAACAAUGCCCAGGCUUGGCUAUCAGAACAUGUUUACAACUUUGCUCUGUAGUGGAGCAGACAUGGAGAACAGGGAGAGGCCAGGGAGUGGAAACAGAUACUUCCAGCUUUAGCUUCAAGGCGCCUUCCUUCCCACUGCCCCCGUACCAAGAGUGCAGAGUGCAGGGAUACCUAGGUUUAGAGCCAUGGCUGGGCAGCUGUAACUGCACCUGGGAGCACAGUCUCCUGCCUUGCCAACUUAGUAGAGUGCAGGACUCCUGCUGGGAUCAUCUGUUCCCAGCCCCCACUGACUUCACAGAGUCAUAGCCCUGGCUGCACCUCCCUUGCUGCAGCUGGUGUCCUCUCAGUGGCAACUCCAGAUGGGCCACUGCCACCAUCAAAAUGAAGUCAAAAGGAGACUCUUCAGAAUCAAAAGGAAACACUGGCAAAGCAACACAAGGAAGCCAUGGCAGUUUUUAAAAAGCAGGUGAUUUCCUAAGGAUAGACAAACACUACCAUUUUAAAUAUUGCAUUUCCUCGCCCUCCCAUGAAUAUUAUGGCAAGCUCUUCUCCAUACUCACCAAAACAGAAAAGGAGAACAAGUUGCAAAUGAAGAUAUGUACCCUGGAAGAAGAAAAGGGAAGAUAUCAACUUGCUACAGAAAUAAAAGAAAAAGAAAUAGAAGGAUUGAAGGAAACAUUAAAAGCACUACAGGUUUCUAAAUACUCUUUACAGAAGAAAGUGAGUGAAAUGGAACAAAAGGUCCAGUUACAUCUUCUGGCUAAAGAAGACCAUCAUAAGCAACUGAGUGAAAUUGAGAAAUACUAUGCCACAAUAACAGGUCAAUUUGGUUUGGUAAAAGAGAAUCAUGAAAAGUUAGAACAAAACGUACGGGAAGCAAUACAAUCAAACAAAAGACUUUCAGCUUUAAAUAAAAAACAAGAAGCUGAAAUAUGCAGUUUAAAGAAGGAACUAAAAAAAGUAGCCUCAGACUUGAUAAAGUCGAAAGUCACAUGUCAGUAUAAGAUGGGAGAAGAAAACAUCAAUCUAACAGUUAAAGAACAAAAACUUCAGGAACUUCAAGAAAGACUCAACAUGGAAUUGGAAUUAAAUGAGAAGAUUAAUGAAGACAUUGCCCAUAUUCAAGAAGAAAAACAGGAUAUCAUCAUUUCUUUCCAACAUAUGCAGCAGUUACUUCAACAACAAAUUCAAGCUAAUACUGAAAUGGAGGCAAAAUUGAAGGUGCUAAAAGAAGAUAAUCAGACCCUUGAAAGGAAUAAUGAGCUGCAGAGGGAGAAGGUAAAAGAAAAUGAAGAAAAGUUUCUUAGUCUUCAAAAUGAGCAUGAAAAAGCACUAGGAACUUGGAAAAGACAUGUUGAAGAACUUAAUGGAGAAAUUACUAAGAUUAAAAAUGAAUUAUCAUCCCUUAAAGAAACUCAUAUUAAGUUACAAGAAAAUUGUAACAAAUGCAAUCAGAAAAUGUUUGAGGAAGACAAGAAGUUUGAGAAUGUUCCAGAAGUAAACAAUGAAAACAGUGAAAUGUCAACUGAAAAACCAGAAAACACCAUUAUACAGAAAUAUAAUACUGAGCAAGAAAUAAGGGAAGAAAAUAUGGAGAAUUUUUGUUCAGAUACUGAAUACAGAGGAAAAGAGGAAAAGAAAGAAGGCUCAUUUAUGGAGGAAAUCAUUAUAGAAGAUUUACAGCUUUUUGAAAAAAGCUUCAAGAAUGAAAUUGAUACUACUGUAUCUCAGGAUGAAAAUCAAAGUGAAAUCUCCUUAAGCAAAACUCUCUGCUUAGAUAAAGAAGUAAUUAGUCAAGGACAAACCUCGAAUGUUAUGGACAAUAGAAAAUCAGUUGCUACAGAAAUAAAAGACAAGAUGUGCUUGGAAAAAGACAAUGGAUGUACAGAAUUAAAAUCACCAAAUAAUCCUUUUUUAGUGUUAGAUACAGUGAUAACAGAAAAAAUACAUAUAGAAAGAACUGAAGGAUUAGAUGUUCACCAUACAGAUGUACAUCUGGAGGUUGAAAAUAAAAAAACAUCAUUUAACAGUAUUUUCAAUGAGACAGCACACAAUACAUAUAAUAAUAAAGAUGUUUCUGAAAACGAACCAUUCAAACAAUUCACAUUGCUUCCAGGGACUCGAGAACCUGCUAUAGGGAAGGAAAUUCCAAAUAGUGACCAAACCAAAGCAGAUGUGGAUUCAUCUCGAGAUAUAAAAAAAAAUCCUGUUCCAUGUCAGAAACAUAGUUUACAGAAUUCAAGUAAUGUUAUGUUAGAUGAUGAACAGUGUAAAAUAAAACAAAGACAACUGUUAAUUAAAAAAAGUGAGUGCAGCAUAUUACCUUCUAAACAAAGUUCAGAUUUUCUGCAAGUCUGCAAUGAUACUUCAGAGAAGCCUGAACUAACUGUUCCCUGUGAUACAGUAAUCGAUCACCAGGUUUCAUCUGCUGCUUUUAGUGAUAAUUCAAAAGUACUUCUUAAGAACUCAGAUAAAAAUAUUAAUAGUAUGCCUAUGUUGAUGAAACCCAGCUCAAGCACUGGGGCAAAAACUAUGUGUAAAAAUAUGAGUGAUAUGCAAAAUAGUCAAUUUAAUAACUGUUUGGAAUAUUUAGAAAACAAUAAUGUGAACAUUUGCCAUCUUCAUCUUAACAAUGAGAAUAGUCAUGCUUCACAAGCCAAAGAUGUGAAAACUGCUGUUCAUAUGAAAACCUGCACAGAAAUACAGUUUUCCAAUAAAGAGAAUCAGAUUGAUGAGAAUCAGGUAACUGAAGCCACAAAAAAUGACUUCUUCCUUUUUGUGAGCAUUAAUGAAAGACAGCAUACAUUGUUAAAUAAUACAGAGAAAACAGAGUCAUUAAAUGACAUCGUUACAGGAAAAAUGUUCAGUGAAGGACAGCUGGAGGAAUCACAUUCAUUUCACAUAAAGCCAUCUGGAGAUUUAGUAAACAGAAGCGGAAGGUCAACCUUUGAUCUUUCAACUUCAGAUAAAAAAACUGAGAAAACUCCAGUAUACAUGAAUUUUUCAGCCCCCGGACCUUGGUCAAAAGUAAAUCACAUUGAAAGUCAAACAGCAAGCAGUUCAACCCGUAGCAUUUCUUUGUUGCUGAAGGAGAGACCACUAGAUCCAUCAGAAAACAAAAAGAUCAUUUCCAUGGCUCUUUGUAAAAAUAUUGCUGGAGAUGAUGUCAGAAAGGAUAUUGGACCAGAUAAUACCAGCAUUAACAGAGUUGCUGACACUUUGAAUAACUGGAGUAUCCAUCCAGAUCCCAAGGGAGAACCCAGUCAAGAGAAGAAUGCAAUUGCAAAGACUUUUUAUGAUUCUUCUUUUCCCACAGAACAUGUGAAAACAAAACCUCUGAAAUCAACUCCACUACAAAGCCAUUUGCAGGCAAUCAAGACUAAAGAUACUUCUGGUGAUGAUGACUGGAAGAGCCUCAUUACAAAUCAAAUAAAUGAAAGUGAAAAGUUACCAAGUUUAGAAAAUGACAGCCAGUCAAAAAAAAGAAAAGCACAAGAGAUGCUGGAAAAAACAACAGAUUAAAAUAAUGUAGAUAUAAGUGCUUUCAGUAGUGAAAUGAUGUAACUAAAAUACUGGUACCGUUUUUACUAGAAUGAAGUGGCCUAUUUAAA